GACACCGGAAGCAACUUUUAAAUUGAGUGCGGUAUCGGGCAUGGUGUUUACAAAAUAAGAGAGAAGAUCGACGAAAAUCUGUCCAGAGAUGGAUGUAUUUGAAGAUGCUGUAACAAUUCUUAGAAUUGUACUGGAUUAUGUUGGAGUUGAUGCAGAUGAUUUGGCCAAUUAUGCACAGUUCUUAUAUGUACGAGGCAGAGAUGCUCAGAGAGAUUUGAGGAGUUCCCUCCGCCAUAGAUGGGAUGUUAACGUGACCCAGAGGAGGCAACGGCUGAUUUAUAACUGGAUCAGAUGGCGAUCUAACAUUCGACACAGAAGUCUGGUGAGGAUCUUAGGAACAAUUAUCCCAUCAAAGCCACCAAAGAGACUUAGAAUACAGCAACAUCUGCUCCGCCCGAGAAGGCAGCGAUUGGACAGCUGGAGCAGUGACUCCUCCCUCCUGUCAGUGUGUACAAAUGCAACUUCAGGAGAUGAUCCACAUUGGAUAGAAGAGGACCUGGGCAACAAUUUAAUCAGAUUCAGGGCUAAGAGAGAGGAGGGAUCCAGUGAUACAGAACUGGAGAGUGUGUACGGAGAGGGGGAGGGGGAGGAAGAGGCAGAGGAAUUGUUUACGGUGCGGCCAGACGAUGUUCCUCUGAUGAACUCUACCAUGAUAUCCUCUGUCUCCAUGACCUCUGACCCCAAUGCUAUCAGUAAAAUCAACGCUUUACAAGACGAGCUGUCCACUCUCCGGCAACAGAUUGCUAUGUUAGUAGUGAACCAGGAACAGAUUAAUAAGUCUCAGUUAUUACCUCCUUCAAAUUUGAACUCAAUAGUUCAUACCCCGCCACAGAUCUCAGGUGUUCCCCCAGCCCCUCCCCCACCUCCCCCACUACCUAUACAGAACACAUCAACACCUGUGAAGAAGGAGCCUGCUACAGAUGAGAUGCUAAAAGUGAGGUUGGAGAAAAUAGAAGAAGGUAGAGUGGGGAAUAGAAACACACCUGACGUCAUCCCAGCUCCCACAAAUAAAGUUCCCACUAUGUCUGAGGUGUUAAAGGGACUGAGCUCAGUUAAACUUAGAUCCAUCCAGAGGUCACCGGGAGGGACCCCACUCAAGCCAAAGAUUGCCUCCCAACCUACCGCUGACCCAGCCUCUAUGAUUGCUCUGGCCCUACAGAAGAAGUUUGCCAAUCAACACUUCCACAGCCCUGAAAUUGAUCGAGAGAAUGAAAAUCAUGAUUUCAGCUCCGCUGAUGAGAACAGUCCACAUGUGCCAAAAACCUUCACUGGGAAGAAUCCAAAGCGAAGAUCACUUCUGUUUAAUGAAAGAAGAAAGAGCUAUGGUCCACUCAAAGAUAUAAAUGUAUAAAAUACAUUAUUGUUAGUAGACAGACAAACUCUAUUGACCGUUUAAGACAUUUUUACUUUUAUGGAGUAUUUUAUGUACAAGUAUGCUGUAAACCAUCUUUUCUUCAUGUGCAACUUACAUUUUACUUUCACAAGUUUUUGCAUGGAAACAAAAUUGAUAAAAGUGAUAAAAGUUCAUUUCUUCAAAGGAGUAUAUUGUACCGUUUUAUAAAAACACAGGCAACUUAAGACCAACAAAUAUGUAAAAGAAAAUCAGGAUGUACAAGGUUGUUUAAAAUGUUUCGUUUACAAAAUCAUGAAAGUUGCAAGGGAAAUUUAGUUAUUAAACGCUUGCUGCAAAAUCAGCUAAAGUGCUUUUCAUGCUUUAAAGAAAACCACAUUCUUUAAUGGCCAAAUGGUAACAUAAUUGUACAUACAUGUGAGCAAAAUAUUUUUCUGAAAGUGGUUUUGUACCUGAAUCUAUAAGCUCUUUUUUUGGUAUAUAACAAGGCAGAAUUGUCCAUAAAUCAAUGUUUGACAUAAUCAUGAAAAAAGAAUUUUUCUCACAUACUGUAAACAUGGAAAUUUUUACAUCUAAAAAUGCUAGAAAAAUCUUUCUCAUAAAUAUUCUUCCUUGAGUAAUGCCUUUUUAUAAUACAUAUAUAUUUUAUUUAGCACAAUAUGUUUUCCUAGUAACAUAAAAAAAUUCUGAUGUACAUUGUUUCUGCUUCUGAUCUGCUGAAAAUAACAUGUGUAAAUCUUCAUCUAGUUACUUAAAGUAUUUUUUUUUUAAUUUAUUGUCAAUGGAAGCCUGAAGAUCAUCAAUAGACAAAGAGAGAUAAUCAAUCUGUACAAGGGUCCCCUAGUUGAUGUAUAUUUUUAUUUUUCAAUAAUAUGGUUUUUUUUUUAAUUUUACAUGAAGCUGUUUAUUUUUAAAUGUUGUUAAGGAACCUAUAUACAUGUACAUGUAUAUAAAUUACAGGUAUAGUAUUGUAAAUCAGAAAAAGUAGAUAUUAGCCAAAAUACAACAGACAGUGUUAUACAUUUGCUAUUGUAUAUAAAUGUACAUGCAUUUUAUGUACAGUGUAUAUCUCUCUUAUCAUUUCGACACAUUUCGGAUGACCUCAGGUUUCUAGCAAGUUUUAUUUUAUGAUAGUUACCAGAACAUACUAGCAUAGCUUCCAGACUAUAAGUGUUUAGCAUUCUAGGUGACUUUUAAAAGCAUCCUUCAGUUUUAUUGUUUAAAAAGAAAAACGGUUAUAAAUGUGUCAAAUUAGGCAAUGGUUUGUGAUACCUGUCAAAAGUCUUUUUAUGAGAAACACUUAUUUACUUGUUUAUUAAAGUUUUUUUUCUCUCUUUUUUUUAAUUUUGCACAUUUGAUUUUAGUGAGUCAACUUGAUGAACAUGCUUUCAUAUUAUAAAAAGCGUAAAAAAAACCCUCA